UGAUUACGUUCUUUUCAAUAUGGCGUCUCCUCAGAAUGGUUUGUUUUGCCCUCGGUUUAUACAGCGAGCGGUGUUUUUCUUCUGGUUUUGCUGGACUUCAGUUCGGAGCUCCAUAAAUGACGUUGAAAGCUGUGACAACCUCCGACCGGGACAGUAUCUUUGCAAAAGCCCUAAAAUAGAUGAUGCGACUCAAGAACCUGAGAACUGCAAAGAUCUUGUGGCACUGGUGGAAUGCCUUCCUGCACCAAACAUCAGCUGCUUGCUAUCAAAUGGGACCAGGUUCAAGUUCAGUGGGGAAGAGGUUGGAUUUAAUAAAAGCGUCCCUUGUCGUAAUGUGACUGGCUAUUCCUAUAAAGUGGCAGUGGCUUUAUCCCUCUUUCUAGGAUGGCUGGGUGCAGAUCGCUUUUAUUUGGGAUAUCCAGCUCUCGGGCUGCUGAAGUUCUGCACUGUGGGUUUCUGUGGAAUUGGAAGUCUGGUGGAUUUCAUAUUGAUAUCCAUGCAGAUCGUAGGUCCAUCUGACGGUUCAGAUUUCAUCGUGGACUACUACGGAGCGAGACUUGUACGGCUCUCCAUAACAAAUGAGACAUACAGGCGAACACAGAGCUCUCUCUGAGGAGGUGGCUGGAGAGGACAGGCCCGAAAACCUGACAUCCAGGAUUGUGUCGUAUAAAUCUCAGCGAUUCCUCUGUUCACCUGGGAAGACACGGGCAUGACAGAAACGUGUGUGUGUGUGUAGGAUUGUAAAUAGAGACUACAGAAUUUCUCCAAAGUGGAUAAGCCCACCUUCAUUCCUGCGUCUCCUCUCGCCCUCAUCAUUCGUCCUUCAUUCGUUUGACUUUGAACAGCAGAAUGUAGUUUAUCCUUUAUAACUGUUGUGCAAUGGAAAUCUGCCUCACUGAAGUUUAUUUAAUGAAAUAUCCACCUCCGACUGCAGUGAUAUCACAAACAUGUCACACAAUAAGACAAAUGUCAUUUUACAAACUCGGUUAUUACGCAAGCAGAAAUCCAAUAUGUCUCAGUAAAGUUUGGUUUGAUUCCAUAUAAACCUCAUGGGAAGCUCAAAGGUAGGCCGAGCAAUGCAUAUACUAUUUAUGGACAAUAUAUUGGGUUAGAUUAUAUUGUUCUGAAAUAUUCCCUUAAGACUGUGUCUGUUUUUGUGUUUUGUCUUUUUUAUGUAAAUGAUGUAAAUAAAGUUUUAAAGUGUC